AUGCUGUUCAAAGUGCAAUACCACGGAAAGAAGAAGUACAUUAAACUUAAUGGAGCCUCACAUUCAGAAUUUCUCAAAGAGGCUAAAGUGAAGUUCAGCAUCUCCACUGAGACAGACAUAUAUGUGCUGGAUGACACUGGAACAGAGGUCGAUGAAGAGGUCUUCACCGACAUCCUGGAGGAAAAACGGACAUCCUGUGGACGAUUGUUGAUGUUCUUUCAGUCUCUGCUUGUCAAGAGAGUUCUGGAACAAAAGCCUGGAGGGGAGAAGAUACUUAAAGAAUAUGCCAUGAGAGGAGAGAUUAAGGACCGGACACGCCGUGAACUUGUCAACAUCAUUGUUGCUGAUAUGGUGGAAAAGUAUGGACGUGCUCCACCAAAGGACAAAAGAACACAGUAUGCAUGGGGGAUUGUAACACUGUUUCCUUCUCUAAAAGACCCCUACUCCAAAAAAGGCUAUGUCUUGCAGGACUUUGACCUGUUGUUUAGAGCUGAGACUUCUUCAAAACUUCUUGAGAAAUGGGGAACACUCCUGAAGGUAAAAGUAAUACAGCAAGCCAAAAACCUCAGCAAGACACCCCUUCUUGACUACCUCAUUCAGUCUGCAGAGGAGAACCCUGAUGAGGAUGAUGAAGUGCCAGGUUGGGAUAGUGACAUGGCUUCACUUCUCCUGCUGGUCUACCUCCUGCCACCACCUCCAAGUGGAAAGAAGGGAGCUGUCAAAAUCAGCAUCCGGGAAGCUGUGGAUCGUGUUGUGAAGUUUCACAAGUCAAGUCGCAGCCUUCAGGAACACUCUGGUCCAGACCAGCGGAGGCAGCCCUACAUCCUGGCAGUUGGGACGGCAAGAAACAGCAUCCAUCAGUACUACAUUGCGAUGGAUAAUGGGCUCCUUCCCUGCAAUGCCAGGUCUUCCCUCUCAGCCUUUGAUGAACUUUUCAAGGCACAUUAUGUGUUUGGUGUCUCCUAUGACCAGGCCUUAAACAGCAUGUUUACAUUUGUGCAGACCACCAUCUACAACAUUGACAUCGGGCUCUCUCACGAAACUCCCAGAGUCAAGGACCUCAGGGCAAAGCUCCUCAACUGA